GAGAAAACGAACAUGACGACGAUUGUAUUGAUUAAAGAGGCUAUUGCCACGCUUAAGGACCGCACCGGAUCUUCGGUAGUCGCCAUCAACAAGUGGAUUGAAUCUGAGAAGAAGGAGCCCGUCAAAAAGCACAUUUUGAAAGCAGCAUUGAAGCGGGGCGUAGAAACUGGUACCCUCGUGCAGGUAAAGAACUCCUACAAGGUUAGUCCGCAGGAAAAGGCGAAAAAGAAGCCGGCAGUCAAAAAGGCAGCCCCCGCAAAGAAAACAGCGGUCACGAGUAAGACUACCGCACCAAAGAAAAAGCCCCCUACCAAGAAGGCGACGACAGCAAAGAAGACAACAACGGUCAAGGCCAAGGCAACUGCAUCCAAACCGGCGAAGAAGACAUCUUCCAAGAAGGAUACCAAGGCGAAAAAACCUGCAGCCAAAAAAGUAAGCAAGAAGAAGGAAGUCGAGAAGCAGUAAAGAAAGUGGAUUGGAUUGUUAUGUUACCAUUAUCAUGGAGGGUGUAAUCGUGAUUUGGGUUUUGCCGGUGGUUGCACGUGGAGGCAGUUCUAGGUGUCUACAAACACAAUGUGACUAAAUUAUUAAGUGAGUUAAACCAAAGUAUAUCUCU